GUUAUUCUAUCUGGGAGACAUGUAUACGACGUACAGAAGUAUUUGAUUAUUUCCCAUAGCCAUAUCAAUUAACUAUCUGAAUUCCACAAUGUCAACAUCUGCGGAGUAUAGGUAUACAAGCGGUGACUUGAUUGUUACUGAAGAGAUGCGCGAGGAUUUCCAACAAUUUGGAUAUAUCAUGGUCAGAAACUUCUUUGAUCCUGAUGAACUCAAAAAAGUAAGACAGGUUGUUGAAGAAAAUGGCGAAAUCGUCAAGAAAGCUUUUGGGGUCGCAGACGGUACAGGCCGGGAAAGCAAAAUGUGCCUCUGGAAUCAUCCGGGUGAUGACGUCACGGGAAUGGUAGCUAGAUGUGAGAAAACCGUCAAUACUUGUGAAAAGCUUUUGGGCGGAGAAGUGUACCACUAUCACACCAAGCUUAUGAUGAAAAAUCCGCGGACAGGAGGAAGUCAUCUAUGGCACCAAGACUACGGGUACUGGUACAAAAACGGUUGUCUCUUUCCUGAUAUGCUGACCGUCUUCAUAGCCAUAGAUAAGUGUGUGGAGGAAAACGGGUGUCUGAAGAUACUACGAGGAUCGCACAAGUGUGGACGAAUAAAUCAUGUGAUGAUGGCUGGACAAACAGGUGCUGAUAUUGAACGUGUUGAGGCCAUACAAAAUUCAGGCCGGUGUCCGCUGGAAAAAGUGGAAAUGCAGCCUGGGGAUGCGCUAUUCUUUCAUUGCAAUUUACUGCACACAAGUAGCGGGAACGACAGUGACCUGAGACGUUGGGCAUUCCUAUGUGCCUACAACAAGACUUCCAAUAACCCUGUUAUUAAACACCAUCAUCCUCAAUACACACCUCUCAUAAAGGUCCCGAAUUCCGCAAUUCGAGAUUGUACAAACUUCACUGACCUGAGUGGGAAAGACUUCAUGGACCCAACAAAGGAUGCUACAAUUAAAGUAGAAAAGUCAAACGAUGAUUAAAAAUAUAGACAUUUUACCAAAAAAGGCCAAUAUUAUGAUUUAUUGAACAAACAAUGAAAUGUAAUGGAUACUUCACAAAGUGCAGAUUACAACUUUAUGCUGAAUCAAAACAUGAUUACGUAAUUGUGAGACAGAAAGUAAAUGUUUAAUUUUCAAAAAUGGAGAGUUGUAAUCUUUCCUUAUUUGAGAAGAGAGACGACAUAUAUUCAGCUUUUUUUCUUACCUAUGAUUGUUUACCUCAGUAACAACAAGUGGUUUACUACUAUUUCCGUUAUGACAAAUUGAUUAUCGGAAUUUAUAUGUCUCUACGAGAAUAUGUUGGGCAUCUUACAUUAAAACAACGUAACAAACUAUGAGAAUUAGCAGGUCUCCUCUAUGUUUGUUAAAAAAAAUGUAUCGAUGGCACAAUAGACACAUUCGAUAUAUCUUUGGAUUAUGUCUUUUUUAAGCUAGACUGUUUAAGGGUUCCAAUAGACGUCUGGCCAUUAAUUCGGCAUAUGAAUGACUUAAUUUAUUUAAGAAGUACAUAACAAAUGACGUAAGAUACAAUGGCAUCAAUUAAUGUUUUAGUGUCAGAGGCAAUAUUUCUAAUUUGAUUGAUAUUACAGUAUGUUUACUUCAAGUGAUAAAUAUUAUAUUUUAGUGUUCAAUACAAAUCUUAUCAAUAAUUGAUUAAACGACAACCGUGAUAAUUGAUAACAUUAGGUCUGUAUACCUACUUUAUGAAAUGGUGCUACUGUAUUUGUAUGACAUCUCGUCAUUCAUGGUUCUAGAAGAAUGUUUCUGUUCGAUUCCCUACACAUGCUAAGGUACUUAAUUUUUUUCAAGGUAAAUAAUCACAUUUCAGAUAGUAAUUUCUCAUUUCUGAUUUCAUCGAAUCUGAAAUAAAUGAUAAAUUUACAAGUGA